UCAAAUGUAAUCGAUCCACUUUCAAUAUAAGGUUGGUAUGUUUUCCCCCUUCAAUACUAAAAGAGAAAAUUCAAUUGCAAUUUUAAUUCAAAUUUCAAUUCGGGCAUGUGUUGUUGUGGUAUGAGCCAAACCGUUGUGGAUAAAACAAAUGAGACAGACAGUUGUGGACAAAAAAUGAAUCAAAAGCAUGUUCGGUUCAUUUGUUACGACAGUGUUCGAUCUCGUUUCACUUUCGUUUCAAUGUUCCUUGUAUACCUAAUAUAAUUUGUAUGAUCGAUCCUUGGACCGACCAAAUCAAACUAUAUUUGAUUUGAUUCAGUUCGAUUCAAAUAUUGAUUCGAUAUAGACUGGACGGUUGCACACCCUACUCAAUUGAAUACUCAUGAUUCGAGUUUGGCUCAAUUAUUGGGAAAUUGAGAUAAUUUAGUUAGAAAAACUUCAAAAAAAAAGUAAUUUAAUGUAAAUCAACCACUUAUGUAGUGGUGAACUUCCUUCCUUGGACCGACCAAGGAUGGUAACUAAGCGAACUAUGUAGUAAAUCUAUCUAGUGGACUGAAAACCCAAAACGACAAAAGAAAACAGUACGUGGAUAACUGGCCCACAGUGGAGUGGGUAAAGAACAAGAAAGAAAUAAAUAAACGGACCAGGCGGGCCCAAACUUAAAUUCCCCCCGACCCACGGGCCCACUGCCACGGCCUGAAAAUCGCCACCUGGCUUCGUGGCUUUCAACUGAGGUGGGUCCCACUUCCCCACGUCCGUCCCCGUCCUCUCUUCCUUUUCACCUUCUUCGCUCUCGCUCCUUCUUCAAUUGUCCAGUCAUCUCUCUCUCCUUUCCUUCCGUUCCAUUCCCAUCCACGCCUAAAACGAGCCCUUCUUCUUCCAUCUUUCUCUCUUUCCGUCACCUAACCCGAAUCGAAAUUCAAUUCGAAUCAAACCCACAUUUCUGAUUCAUUGCUCGCUGUAUCUCUCUCUGUCUCACUGCAUUGUUGAAAUCUUUGCUCGAUCAGAUCCACCCCACUAGUCUUGCUGUGGUUACCGUUGUUGGGUGGUUCCUUUACUACCUCUACUUGUUGUUCUCUCAGCCGGAAACCCAAUUGAAAGGAGAAAGGAGGAAUACGCGACGUGGUCGUUCCCGGGUAAAUAAAUCUUACUAGCUCCGCGCCAUUUUUUUUUUUGUUUGUUGCUUUUAGGGUUCUUCGCGGGAGGAGAAAACAAAAAUGAAAAGGUUUCCCCUUUUUCGCGGGGGUUUAUACGGGUGAUAAUUAUGGAUAGACCCGUUUGGCUGUUUUCUCCAGUUUUGAUCCGGCAAUGGCAGCCUGUUCUUUUUGUGUUCUGUUGAUUUGCCUUAACCUUCAAUUCCUCCGCCGGUUUUAAAAAAAAUUCUGUUAUUGGGGCUUGGGAUGGUUUCCUUCUGUUUCUCUCGCUUGAGUGGUGCUACUGAGUCUUGAGCUAGGCCAGGCUCCUUUCGAAGUUCAUUUGGGGCUGGUUUUCGUUACUUUUUUCCCCCCAGAUUCUGUUUAAGGCUGCAUUUUGCUCAUUUAAAGUGUAUGUACGGCCUGAAGUUGUCUGUUCUUUUUGCUUCGGAUUUGGACAAAUUAUUGUCCUUUGUUCUGCGCUAUCUCUAAGCUAAAUUAUUGUGAGUGCAAUGUUCUGCGGAUUUGAGGUUGGCCAAGUUUGAGAGUAUUACUGCUAGAGACUCCAGUUUAAGAAUGCUUAAUGGUUUUUGUAGUUUUUCAUGAAAAGGGGUCGUCUUAAACGCAUUAGGAAAUAGGAACUAAUUGCCAAGGUUCAAUCAUGACUUACAUAUAAGAUCAUCACUGCAAUGCUUAUAGGCGAGGGAAAGUUUAUGAUGGAAUGAUUAAAAGGGCAUAGAGUAUCUUGCUUUUCCUUAUGUCUACCCAACUGCCCUCUGGACCCCUGCUAUCUUUAUACUUACCCCACCUUUCAAGUUUUCUUGGGUUGGUCUAACUCUACCUCCUUUAUCUUAGCCAGGGGAGAAUUGGCACUCAAGCAAAAUACUGGACCAUCACUAGGGAAGAUCUGGGUUAUAAUAUGCUUCCAUAGGGUGUAGGAUUCUGUGAAGCUUGGUAGAAGAUGGCAUUUUACUCAGAGGAGGAUAACGCAGAUGAUUACCUGUUCAAGAUAGUAUUGAUUGGUGAUUCCGCUGUUGGGAAGUCGAAUUUGCUGGCCAGGUUUGCAAGAGACGAGUUCUAUCCUAAUUCGAAAUCUACCAUAGGGGUCGAAUUCCAAACUCAGAAGAUGGAUUUCGAUGGUAAAGAAGUUAAAGCACAGAUCUGGGACACUGCUGGUCAGGAGCGGUUUAGAGCUGUUACAUCUGCUUAUUACAGAGGUGCAGUUGGAGCACUUGUGGUGUAUGAUAUCAGUCGACGCCAAACUUUCGAGAGCAUUGGCAGAUGGCUCAAUGAACUUCACACUCACUCCGACAUGAAUGUAGUAACAAUACUCGUGGGCAACAAAUCGGACCUCAAGGAAGCUAGAGAAGUGACCACAGCAGAGGGAAAGGCUUUAGCAGAGGCACAAGGUCUGUUCUUCAUGGAAACUUCUGCUCUCGACUCCUCCAAUGUGACAGCUGCUUUCGAGACGGUCGUGAAGGAGAUCUACAAUAUAUUGAGCCGGAAAGUCAUAUCUCAGGAGCUCAAGAAACAGGAUGCCCCCGAGAUGGGGGAUGGGAAGACAGUGGUUCUACAGAGAGAUGGUGAACAAGGCGGUGAAAAUGCUGACGGUGAGGCACCUAAACAAGGUGCCGGUGGGUGUUGUUGAUCAAUUCAGGUUUAGGGAAGGAUUAAGGAAGUCUCUUUUGUUUGUGAUUAGAUGUUUAACAUUCGAAUGAGUUAUCUGUGUUGCCCCCCGCCCAAAACCCUAGAAGCCACUUAUGAAGAAAGUAGGGUUCUUCUUCUUGUUCUCCAUCGCAGUUGAUUUGGAGAUAUCAGUGUUGUUCAUAGGAGUGGGCAAAAUGUAAAUGAGAUUAUUAUCUGAAGAACGGGUUCACAAAUGAUUAUGAGAUUCCUUUAAUGUUCUGUAGUGCUCUGUUGCCCUUCUCUACUUAAAUUAUGCAUAAAUUAGUUUCUCUUACUUGGUUUACUUGGUUUUCUAAUCGUAGUAAGGUCUUGUGUUUGAUUCUUCAUAUAUGAAUUCUGAACCCUCUACAAGUUGUUGCAUUUAGGUCUUCGUGCAUAUUGUGCGAUUGUGCUAAGUAGGGAUGAGAUGUUUGUGAGUUCAUGUGGUGCAUUAUCUAUCGAAUGAUUUUCAUUAAUUUUCAAAGAUAUAACUAGUAUUGGCUUAAAAAUGCACAAUUGUGGGUUUUUAAUACCAAAUGUUGUACGAUCUAGUUAGUAUAUGUAUUCACUAAUUCCUUUCAAGUGAGAUCUUUUUGGUCGGUCGAUUUAUAAUUGUGUAAUGUGUUAUGAUGUUGUUUAUUUUCUUUUAGUGGGAUCUUGUGUUGUGUCUAACUAGUCUUCCUUGCAUAGCUAUGACCAAAAGUGUAAUAAUUAAUAAUUAUUGAAAUGUUAA